AUGGCAGAGCCGGGGAGAAUGCACAGCAAAGGUGCAGGUGCCCCGGACUACGACGACCCUAAGUUCUGGGAUUUUAGGUUCGCCACCGGUCGUGAUGUCGGCGAAUGGCUGAAUUCGGGCGAGGCGCUCCUGGACGUGGUCCUAUCAGAUUUGGAAGGCCGGCCCGACUUCGAAGGUGCACCACGCGUCUUGCACUUGGGGCCCGGCGUUUCCAAGCUGGGAAUGAAGCUGCGAGAUGCAUGUACGGAGCGGGACUGGAUGGGAAGCGGCAUAGUCAAUGUAGAUUUCUCCGCCGAAGCCGUUCGCAUCGGUCAAAAAGCCGAACGACAGAAAGCCCCCGACCAGGCGAUGCAUUGGCUAUGCGCCGACUUGCUCUCCUGGGAUCAUGUUUCCACCUUGGCUCCAUUUGCACCCUUCGAUGUGAUUUUGGACAAAAGUACGAGCGAUGCUAUUGCCACUUUCAGCGACCGGAACAUUUCGCACGCAGACGAUCUGUCAAGCAUCUGUCCCACCGUGCAGAAAUUUCUCCCCAGCGUCCCGGCCGUCACUUUGUCUCCAGUCGAGGCGCUAGCUUUGCAUCUCGCUCCGUUGACACACAAGAACACCACAUGGAUUGCGCUUUCAUACUCGACCCUGCGCUUUGAUAACCUGCCAUUCCUUGCGGAGUAUUGGUCAUUGCGCUCGCGCACACCGUUGAAAGCGCCGUCGGGCGACGUCUCCUCGGCGGCCUACACCCCCGAGGUAUUCCACUGGGUAUACAUUUUGGACCGCAAAUAA